AUGGCGAGGAAGCGGCAAAAACUAGCAACUACGAUUAGAAGAAGAAUUUCCUGGUCAAGAACAGUCACGAAAAAGGUCAUUUUGUGGUAUACACAAGUGAUAAAAGACGAGCUCUUUAAAAUGGCAGAAGAAGAGUUCGGAGUAGUAGCUUCAGGGCCAAUUGUGCUUCCUUGUGAUUCAAGUUUCAUGGAGUAUGCAAUCUCUAUUAUCCAAAGACAUGUAGCUGAGGGUUUAGAAAAGACAUUUGAUUAUGUCCUUGAUUACCUGCAGAUGUUAUGGUUUUUGAAUCUCAAACAACCAUGUGAAUAG